CUGCCGGGUCCCCCAGCCAGUGCCCGGUGCCACACUGGCCUGGUACCUCAACGGCCAGAGGCAGGAAGCCAACCUCUCAGCUGCAGGCACUGCCAGCACCCUCACCCUCACUGCCCGGCGCUCUGACCACCAACUCAACUGCUCCCUGACCGACCCAGCCUCAGGGGAGACCUACAAUGCCUCUGUCCUCCUCAACGUGCAGUAUAAGCCGGAGAUCCUGAGGGCAGGUGCCCACUACCAGGAGGUCGAGGGUUCUGGCCUCCUCCUGGUGCUCUUUGUGCUGGUGCAAGCCAACCCACCUGCCAGCAUCACCUGGGUGGACCAGGAUGGGCACGUGAUGGCCAAUGCCUCCGAGUUCCUCCUCCUGGGUGCCACACACUACCCAGGGCUGGCCAACCACUCGCUCCACAUCCAUCUCAGCAGCGUGGCUGGGAACUUCUCCGUCAGCGCUGCCAACAGCGUGGGCAUCACCACCACCUCACUCCUACCCACAGGUCUGCUGGAUGCCCACGUGGAGCUGCCCCUCCUGGGUGUUGCCGUCGGAGCAGCACUGGCCCUGGCCACCCUGCUCAGCCUGGGCUCCUGUGCUGCCUGCCUGGCGUGCCGCUCACCCAAGCCGGUGCCAGGCCCAGGACGAGCAGGAGGGAGCAGCCCGCCCAGCCGGUGCUCCCGUUGCAGUGGCUCCGAGCACCCACAGCCCCAGGGCACACGCCUGCCCCGCCAGACCCGGUCCCUGCCGCCUGACCUGCACCUCAGUGACCUCGCACAGGAGAAUGGAGCUUCCCCCAAGGAUGUGGGAGCUGGUGCCAGGGGAGAAGAUAGUGCCCUGCCAGGGCUGGAGAAUCACCUUGUCCUCAACAAGCUUGGUUUUGUUCAGCUCCCAAUGUCUGGGCGCAUCUACAAAGUGCCCAGCGUAAGCAGUGACGAGAUCUGGCUGUGAGUCACGGUGCCCAUGAGCCAGGUGCCCAGCCCCAGGUACGUACCAGCCUCUGGAGCAGGGCAGCCAAGGGUGCCAGGGAGGCUUUUCUGGGAGGUGGGCGCUGAGCAGCUCUGGCUCUGUGCUACACUGUGUGCUGCAGGGCUCAGGAGCUGCACUGUCAGCCAAGGCAUGUUUUUAUGUAGCCCAUUCACUUUCCCAAUAGACUAUUAUAAUCAAAAUGCAUCAAAGCUCUUUAUAGCCAGGCUCUAGUGCUAUGAUUCCUCCCAGGGUAAGGCCAAGCACCAGCCUUGCUUUAGCAGGUUUGUGACUCGCUUGCUGCAUGAUCCUCUCUGCCCCUGCCCCUGCUGCUGUGGCAGAUGGGUGGGCAGGCAGUAGGGCAGGGGCUGGGGAGAGUCGUUCCAACAGCAAUAAACUAAACUCGAGCGUC